AAAGAAAAAAGAAGAAAUAAAAAAGAAAAGAACAUCAAUCCCGGUUUGUAACCUAACUCUCCAAGUUCCAAUCAUUACAAGGGAAAUUCCAUCUCUCUCUACACCUAUUUCAGAUUUCAUACCAGUUUUUUUUUUUUUUUUAUCAAAUAAGUUCGAUUUCCAGCAUCGAUUCAAGUUACUUGAAAGCAAUUGAAGGACUUUUUCGACUAUUCCAAAAAAAUUGAAGGAAUUUUGUACCAAUUCAUACAAUGGGGAGAUCUACCGGAGAUGAUAUGAUCCUUAGCUACAAUGACGUUGUGCUUCGACGCUCUGACUUAGACAUCCUUAGUGGACCUCAUUUUCUCAAUGACCGUAUAAUUGAGUUCUACUUAAGUUAUCUAUCUUCACGCUAUCCCUCUGAUAACAUCUUUCUAGUUCCACCUUCAAUUGCUUUCUGGUUGCAGAAUUGUUCAGAUGAAGAAACUUUGAAAUCUUUCGUCGAACCCCUAAAUCUACCUGCUAAAGACCUGGUUAUAUUUCCGGUCAACAACAACGACGAUCCAAUGAUAGCUGAGGCAGGAAGUCAUUGGAGUUUACUUCUAUUUUAUAGAACUGCUAAAGUGUUUGUUCAUCAUGAUAGCUUUCGGGGAUUGAACUGUCCGUUUUCCAAAAAGCUUUAUAAAGCUAUCAAAAGCUUCAUGGGCAACUUAGACUCAGAUGUCCGAUAUCUGGAGGAUCAGUCAUCACCACAACAACAAAAUGGCUACGAUUGUGGACUGUUUGUUACUGCCAUUGCAAGUGUUAUAUGCAGUUGGUAUGCAAAUAGCGAUCCUGGUGAUGAUGAGGAACAUAUUUGGUUUUCUGAUGUGAAGGAGCAGGUAACGCCGUGGAAUGUGUCAAAGAUGCGUAGUGAAAUAUUGAGUUUAAUUGAAGGACUCAUGUCAGCGAAGUGAGCAAAAUCUUUGACACUGCCAUUUGCAUCUACCUGGGGGGAAAACGAAGGUACUAUAGCAUGUAUUUUUUUGAGGCCCGCAUAGGGAGGAUGGUUGGAUUGUAUUUUGGUUGGUGUAACGGUGUUGAAUGUAAAUCACUAGGUUAGCGUCCGUCAAUUGCAGCGUGAAGCUAUUUAUUUAAGCAGUAUUGAUACUGGUUUGUCUAAGGACUAAGAUAUUCCCAUGGCUACGUACUAAGACAUACUGCAUCUAUAUAUUUUUUUUUUCACAUU